GUUCCGUCGGCAAUACGGUCGUUCUUGCACGUGCGCGCGCGCGCGCUCGAGACAAUCCCCCUCGCGUUUUACAAACGUGACCGGUAACGAAACGAUCGGAAAACGGAAAUCGAAAUAAUAUUCCCCGAUACGUUGCGUGCUCGUUGCGUUAUACUUGCAUCGCGUCGUGAAAUCAUAUCGUACGUACCCCACCCCACCCCGCACACGUACAUGCAAUCGUUUUCAACGCGAUCCAUAUCGUAAUGAUCGAAAUAUUUUGAACGAUAAACGCGACGCAACACCGUUGUUUCAGCAACUGAAAAACACGAUACCGGUGCAAUUAUAAGAUCGGACGAGAGUGAGCGAUCCCGGGACGAUGACCGAAAAGCCCAGGGUCGUGUCCGCGUGCAUGAAGCGGAUCAUCCGGGCCAGCGGACGAGCGCAACAAAAACCUUUGAUUUCAGGUUCGGUAACGGCCACGUUGGGAGAUGAUCCAGCUUGCACGGUAGCCCGCGAACGUGGCAUCCACGAUGGAAAGUUCAGUGGCAACAGUGUGGCCGAAGUACGGGAUGGUCACCUGUUGAUCCGAUGGGACGGGCCGGCCGGCUACUGUUGGAAACUGUUGCUCCGGUACCUGAACCUCACGCCCUCCGAACACGCCACUUACGGUUUCAACCUGGUCAGACCCGGUUGCGGAUCGCCCAUCGUCACCGUGGUGGUGGAUACCGAAACGGACUAUCAUCAUUGGAUUACAACUAUUGCCGGACAACUUUUGAGUCAAACACCUUUGGAAAAUGUCAAAUAUCUUGACAUACUCGGUAUUGUCUCAGACCACACACCAUGUCGACAAUACUCAUUAUCAAGUUCAGCACCAGUAUCUGCAUCCAAGCCCAAAAAGACCAAUUUGGAUAUGCAAGAAGUUAACAAUAAUCAAACUUUAUCAUACAGGACUGGUACACGUAUGUUCAAGAAGAAUGUUUCACACUUGCCGGAUUUAAUUAGAGAGUGCGAACAAUCUCGCAGGUCACCUGCCAAUGAGUUUUCAGAUCUUACGCCUGUUAAGCAAAAGCGUAUGAUGUUUGAAGGUUCGCUAAUGUGUCCAUCAAAAAGUGUAGACAAUUUGCACCAUAUUUCACCUUCCACAGCGAAAAUCAAGUCUAAAUCAAUGUACAAUUUGGAUCUGAGCGCUGUUCCAGUAAAGGACAUUUGUAGAUAUUUUGAAAGCAGGUUCAACGUCAAUGAAAAAAAUACCAUUCAAUUCAGAUCACUGCAUUAGCUGUAUACAUAUUAUAGAUAAUAGAAGUGAGAUGAAAGGUGUAAUGCUUAGAUGGAAAUAAUAAAAAAUUUCUAAAGAUUUAUGAAACUA